UCUUGCCCAUAAACAGCACUUGACAUUUAAAGAGAUUUUCUGUUGUGCACUUGUAUAGUCAAAGAGUAAUACUAAUCCUAUUAAAGGUAUUAUGUCAUGGAGGCAUGCCUUGGGGGAAGGCUUGUUCUAAUUGGCUAGAUGUAAAGUAGAGGGGAGGGGCUAUCAAGAGAGUGGAUGUAUUACUUGAUAGUUAGGUCAGGGAUUUCUGUGGGAAAUGCCCAGUGGUUGCAGUUGCUGAUGAUUUCACAUCAACAGCAGUGCAACACUGAGAGUGAGCUCCAAUAGCUGAUUACUGAAUGAGAUACUGCAAACGGGUAAAAAAAAAAAAACAGCAGCAUGUGAGAAACAGUCAGAGAGAGGCAGAGAAGAGAGCUGAGAGAGCAAGAAAAGUGCUCAGGCUGGAGAAAGUCUUCCAGAUGUACUGGACAACCCUUUUGGAAAUGGAUAUAAGGACCAUCUGCUGUCUAUAGAUCAGAGGACUGGGGACUAAGAGUGGGAAGAAAGAGUUUAUGGCUGUUUUAAAUAAAAAGCUAAGUUAUUCAUAACCAAUUCGUCAAGACGUCAUGAGAUUGUUCCUGCAUGGGAUGCUGGUGCAUAAAUCAAAGCUGCAGAUACCUAUUGUACAGCUUACUUGGGUAUAAAAAAGAAAGAGGAAAAAAAGCAGCAAUGCAGGGAAUAUUGCAAUAAAUUCUACAAUGGUUAUGUGAUUUGUUUAUUAAGAUAAAGAAAAAUCAUCCUUGUAUGACUGUGGAGUUCACAAGGUACUGCGUUUAAUGCUGAGAGAUGCUAGUCAUUAAAUCUGACAACUGUGAAAAGAGAGAUCAUGGAGAAGUCAAGUAGUGAGGAUUCUUCAAUUCACCGUAGUCCAUCUUUGGAUAGCAAGGACUCGGACUUUGCUAAACCUUCUACCUCAGGCAGGCAGUUUGGUCGAGGUUUUACUGCUGGAGCUUUUUACGGCACUGCUGGAUCACGCACACAGAGCCACACCAGGGCUGGAACAGGGACUGGCAUUGGAACUGGGACUGGCAUAAAAAGUGACAAAUACAAUGCACCCAAAGGCAGCAAAUAUGUGGUGUUUUACCUGGAUCUAUCCUUUGUUUUCCUUUUAGAAUUUAAGAAGUGCAACAUGGCAAGAGGCUGCCUGUGUUGUUUGAAAUACAUGAUGUUCCUUUUCAAUUUAAUGUUUUGGUUAUGCGGCUGUGGACUGUUGGGCGUGGGAAUAUGGCUAUCAGUGUCACAAGGAAACUUUGCCACAUUUUCUCCCAGCUUUCCAUCAUUUUCAGCUGCCAAUCUUGUCAUUGCCAUUGGUACAAUCAUCAUGGUGACUGGCUUUUUGGGUUGUCUGGGUGCUAUCAAGGAAAACAAGUGCCUCCUUCUAAGUUUUUUCAUCAUUUUGCUGAUAAUUCUCCUGGCAGAGCUGAUAUUACUCAUUUUGUUCUUUGUUUAUAUGGACAAGGUCAAUGAGAAUGCAAAGAAGGAUUUGAAAGAAGGUCUUAAGCUUUACAAUACAGAAAAUAACGUGGGGCUGAAGAACGCAUGGAAUAUCAUUCAGGCAGAGAUGCAUUGCUGUGGGGUUACUGAUUAUACUGAUUGGUUCUCUGUCCUGGGGGAAGACAUCGUCCCAGACCGAUGCUGUAUGGAAAAUUCCCAAGAUUGUGGAAAGAAUUCUACUGAUUUAGUGUGGAAAACGGGUUGUUACGAGAAAGUUAAAAUGUGGUUUGAGGAUAAUAAGCACGUUCUCGGGACAGUUGGGAUGUGUAUCCUCAUAAUGCAGAUACUUGGCAUGGCCUUCUCCAUGACACUCUUCCACCAGAUUCAUAGGACUGGUAAAAAAUAUGAUGCCUAAAUCUUCAAAAUGUUAACUGCAUCUACACUUCUGUCUUGCCAUUAAAAAAAGGCAAAACAACGGAAAAGAAAAAUCAAGCUUUGCUCUGCUGAGGGCAUUCAUCCCAACGAUCAAUCUACGUCAUCAUUACUUGACUGAUUACUAGCACAACUUGCUACUUGACUUACUUUUUUGGUUCUGUUUUGCAUUUGCCAUUUAUUUGCCAAAGAAGAAAAGGAAAAAUAAUAAAAGCAAAUCAGUUUUCUACGCUAAUUCAUAGAUCUGCUAUUAAACUUUUCCCUAACUUUAUUUAAGAAAAUGCUUUGCUCUACUAAUUGGUGUUAGACAUGCAAGGAUAACAUGACAGAUGUGUGUUUAACUUCUAGAGAGACUUCUUUGAAGUCUUCUGAUAAGUCUCAAACUGCUCAUGUCUGACAUACUGGAAGACUUGGGAAAGCCACUCAGACUGAGAACCCUAGGAAUCAGAGCUGCUCACUUGCAGCUUUUUGUACCUUAUGGUGUAUACUUUUUUAUUAUGGAGAUACCUUAGAAUUUAGUCGCCUGAUUUGUAACUUCUUACUGUUUUGUUUUGCAUCUGUCAUAUUUUAAUCCAGGAACCACUGUGCUAUCUUUGAAGGACACAAUUUUAUCAUUAGUUUAAAAGGUGGAAAUAAAGACAUGACUGUUCUAAAGUCCCUAGGGAGGCUACAUUUAACUGCAUCUUCUGAGCUACCGUGGGUUUGUACCCUUACCAUAUUGAUGACAGGCCUUUCAAUCAGGUGGCUCAUUUCUUUAGGGCCAGAUUGGGUUGCCCUUACUCUCACUAGGCUAAAUGGUGAACCCCUUACUCUCAAUGGGCUAGAUUGUGAUGCCUUUAUCCACAAUGAGUAGCACCUUAUGCCUCAGGUAGGCCCAUUAAAUGGGACUACUUUUAGCAUGAUACUAUUCAGUGUGAGUAAGUGUAUCACCAGUGCCAGGAAGGGGCUCACUCUCUGGCCCAUUGAGUAGUAGUUUACUCUAUAAGUAGUCCCAUUGAUUUCAGUGGGAUGGCUUAUUGCACAUGGUGCUGUACAACAUAAGGGGAGCACAGUCAGCUCAUUGUCAGCUUUCCUUACAGGAGUUUACUUGACAAUGGUUGCAGUUUUGGCAGGCUGGCGAGGUAGCUUUGGAACAACCACAGAGGUAUAAAGCUGGUUAAAGGCAAGUGGGGGAAUGGUGUGCCGUAUGUCCCAGGAGAGCGGGAAAGGCAUGAUUUAUGUUUUCACUCUGAAAUCAGUUUCCAAAUAGGUGCUCAGAACCUGUUUGUAUCUUUGCACAUACAGUGUUGACUUUUGUCUUCUGUUUUCCAAGUCAGACGUACUACAUGAUAGUUCAGAACUCAUUACAACACACAUUUCUACCGACAUUCCUGCUAGAAAACUUGAACAUAUUCCUCUCUAGUUUGAAUGCUGCUUCUUUCAUAGUGGCCCCUGCUUGACGUUUUUGGUUAUAUUUUUUUGGCAGAGGUCUUUCUUACAUUUUGCUGCUUCACGAAGGAAAGUAUGAAUGAAAAUGAAACUUCAGUCAUUUUGUGGACACUCUGGUGUUAUUUGAGUCAGAAGUUUACUAUAAAACUUAGUGGUAAUUUUAAAAUAUAUUUCAAAGCUAGUUUAUUACCCGCUGGGCCCAGAUAGCUGUCGAAGUGGACAGAUGUUUAUCAUCUGCUAUCAAAGUAGUGCAGUGAUGCUUACAAAUUUGAGGUCCUUAGUCUCAUUUACCCAAAGCACCUUUACACCUCUCCAGCCGUGUAAAGGGGCCUUGAAGUGAGUGUAAAUGUACUUUAUGCCAACGUUAAGGACCCUUUACAGAGAGUGAUGUAAAGGGGUGUUAAUGUAAGUGAGAAUCAGGCCCUGAGAAUCUAGUCCACCAUUUUCAAACUUGGAUGCCUACCAAAAGGCAUCUAAAUUGAUAUUUAGGCAGGUCACUUAUUUAGCUAACUUUCAGAGUGGUUGAGCACCUACCUACGGUUUGCAUAGAAGUCAGUGGCACUGCAGGGGCUCAGCCUCUUUGAAGAUCAGGCCACAUAUUUACAUGCCUAGAAUAUAGAAUUAGGCUCCUAACUUUAGACACUCAAGGUUGAAAAAGUUGGGUCUAACGCACAUAUUAUUGGUGCAGGAUAAUACAAUCCGUUCUUCCUAAAUAGCUGUUUGGUUGCAUAUACCCUUUAGUUAUUCUUCCACUGGCCAUAUUGGUGACUGAUGCGACAUUCAUAUUUCCUUUUAAAGACUUGAGGAACGAGGAGGGGGAAAAUAAAGACAAAAACUGGUUGACUUUAAUUGUAACGAAAAUUGGGACCAUGUGUGUCUGAGCUCCAUUUGAGACAUUCUGUGUCAAGAAUGGGAGCUCUGGCACUGAGCAUAUUUGCUGCUAUGUGUAAGAUAGUCUCCAAAGUUUCCAAAAAAAUGACAAGUUUUGAAUUUUUGCAUUUUAAAAAAUGUAUAUCUUUAAUCCACAGUUCUACUUCUUUAUCUUUUAUGGUAGGGUUAUUUUGCUUUCUCUUCUAAAAUACCAAUGUUUUCUCUCUCAGACAUAAAUACAGAAGGGUGGAAAAAUAAGCAAGACCAGGAUGCUAGAUCCUUCUAAAGUCGCACAGUGGUACCUGCUGAAAUCUUAAAUUUUAAUCUGUGAUUGGUUUUUGUAAAAAAAAAAAAAAAGAAAGGAAAAAAAAAAAAGAAAUCAAAAUGCAUUUAUACAAGUAACCAUGAAGGCAGAAUACAUAGUGGAAAACUAAAGCUAUUUUGCCUUCCCUUAAAACUUAUUUUUUGUAGACUGCUCAGUUAUGUUUUAUGACCUGAUAGCAAGAUAGGUAUUGAAAAUUCUUUUUUCAUGAAUUCUUUUAGCAUUUUAAGUACAGUAUUAACAGAGAUAAUUACACAAACAGUAUUGUCAAGUCUCGCUUUAGCUGACUAUGGGAAGGGAAUUAAGCAAAUUAAAUAAACAAUUAGCAUUAUAGUACAGUAGCUGAAUAUCAAACCAUAUAACAGGAAAACCUGUGUUUUGAAAACAAAGAAAAAGCAAUACUGUUCUUAAGGUGACAAAAGCCAGCCAUAAAAAAUAUCAUUAGAUUGUAUUUGUUGGUAUAUAUCAGAGAAGAUGCUAAUUGUCCUUUAACUGUUCAGUGAAAGGGAUAGCAAUCUUGUUUAAAAAUGCACUUUUUUGCUUGCAUUGGUGGAUGGCUGUCUGUGCAUUUUUCCAAAACAUUGCUUUGAUUAUUUAACUACACAUUUUUAGCAUGUUUUUAAAUAAAAACUGAUACUGAGUAAAAGUAUUUUAAGUGUAUACAAAUGUUGAUUUGUAUUUAUAUAUGCACAUAUAUAUAUAUCAUUGAAGCUCAGUUCAACUGUAUCAAAGUUUUGUUUCUUUUUAAAGUGUCAUUUUAGAAUUUUGCAUACAUGAUAUUUUGUUGUGCUUUUUGCACCCAAGUUUUUAUAAAUAAGCUUAAACUGUAGAGGAGCUUAAUCUGAUUGAUACAUUUUUGGAUUUCAGAGAGGCAGGUAAGACUUAUAGCAGUAGAGAGUGUCCAUAUUUAAUUUGGUAGCAGUGUCAGAACUGUCAAGAGGGAAAAGGGCUUUUUCUUUAUGACAGGUAACUGCUUACACUUCCAAGCAUGUGGCUUUCAAAUCCUGGGUGCAUAAUGUCCAGAAACCAGGGCUGUUUUCCUCAGUCUGGCCAUUUAUGUUUACCUGUAUUCCUAAUUAAAAAAACAAGGCCAGAGUGCAUUUUAUUUCCACAAUUAGUUACAGUGGCUACUUCAGAAAACCGGGGAAAUAGGGAGCUCACAAGACUGAGGGUAGGUGGCUAAGGUUCAGAGAUUCAGCUACAGGUCUGAUUUUGCAGGGUGCUAAGUUGUGAGAUGCUACGCGUUCUUAGUUUCAUUGACUUCAAGGGUAGUUGACGGUGCCCGGUACCUCAGACUCCAAGUGUCAGAAGAAUGAAACAAAAUACUUCUAAAAGUUAAGUCAGACAGUUUUCUGGCAUGGCAUUGCCAAAUCUUUAACUGUUGACUGUAGCAGAGUAAGUGCCCUGAAAUUACAUGUUUAAAGCAACUGCUACAGGAGCUCUCAAAGCAGCUGUUGGGAGCAAAUUUAAAGAAAGUGACCAGAGAGCCCUGCCAUUGAUGAGAUUUCUGAUCGCUUCAUGUUUCACUUGACAAGAAAUGGUUCCAAAUUGUGUACUAUAAGGCACUCGGGAGAGGUUAAAAAUAAGUGACCCGCCAAAGGGUAUGUUUGGGGGAGAAAGGGAAUUUGGGCUUGGACUCCCUUUUGCUUUUAUAAAGAAGGGCCAAAUACUUUUUGAUGUUCUUUUUCUGGACGUGGGGGAUGUUCCCCUGUUUUGCCCCCUGCUUUUUACUUUGCAAGUAUCAGGAAAUUAAAUUCCAUAUUUUUCUGGAGGUCUUGUUGGGGGUCUUGGGUAAUCUUUCUCCAGAAUUUUACUUAGUGAUUGGAGUUACAUACAAAAGAAUGUUUUAAGAAGGCUCACUAAAUAUCCCUUCCCCUCUCAACUGCUCAGCCUUUACUCCUUUGGCUCUUGUGAUGUCCUUCAGUUACUGGAGAGUCUUCCAGCUGAGACCAGACCUGAAUUUCUAAUGGUUUUUAUGUUUCAUUCAAAACCUUUCAGUCCUCCUUUAUAUCUCAUAAAAAAUCAAGAAAGGGGACAAGAUCGUUGGUUCGUUUGUUUUUGCAGUGGUCACCCUAAAGCAGGGACGCGCUGGCCGCUGCUACCUGCAGCUCUGAUUGGCCAGGAAUGGCGAACCGCGGCCACCGGGAGCUGCGGGGGGGGGGGCGCUGUGCCUGCGGAUGGUCAAUGUAAACAAAAUGUCUCGCAGCCCACCAGGGGAUUACCCUGAUGGGCCAUGUGCCAAAGGUUGCCAACCCCUGCCCUAAAGUAUCCAUGUGCAGGGAUGCCCAUUUGGCCCAAUAUACAUCGUCUGUGAGGACAGUCUCCUGGAAACAGUAAGAAUUCAUUGUUAAAAGGUUGGCUUAACAUACAAACCAGAGGUGCUUAAAGGCGUUUAGUCCACUCUGCUGUAGUUGACAUCGCUGUAAGAGAAUUAAAAAAUAACUCACUCCCCAAUAAUUUCUUAUGUAGUCAAGGAAAUGUAUUUCGGUGCCAUACUCUCAGGAGCCUGUGUGCACUUUUGUUUGCUAGUGUACAUGCACAAUUGGCCAGGUUUACUUCUCUAUGUCCGCACGCACUGAAUUCUGAUCUUUGCUUUAUUGCUGAUCUCUGCUUGUACCCGUAGCGACUUAACCAGUUCCACUUUUAGAAAUGCCAGUUUUUUAAGGCUUGUGGGGUUACUAACGGUAUGUCUACACAGCAACUAGACACCUGCUCCUGGCCCGGGCCAGCCAACUCGGGAUUGCCUGGCUCGGGCUACAGGGCUCUUUCAGUGCAAUGUAGCUCAGGCUGGAGCCCAAGCUCUGGGACCCUCCCACCUCGCAGAGUCCUAGAGCGCAGAUUCCAGUCCGAGCCCCCCAGAAGUGUAUACUGUAAUGAAGCAGCCCCGCUGCCCAAGAACCACAAACCUGAGUCACCUGGCACAGGCCAGCUAUGGGUUUUUCACUGUAGUGUAAACACCCUCAGGGGACUGUAGUGCUAGGAGGCUGUGCAGAGUUUCUGGUACUGGGGAAGCAGGAACAGGUUGAGACUAUUGCCUGGAACAAGUACCCCAGCACAAGAUUCCCACUUGAUUUGCUUCCCCAAUGCCAGUUGUUUUGACUGUCAAACUGGGAAGGAAGGAGUUGUCCUGGAAUGAAUUCUGUCAGAAUAAGAGUUAGUACCUUCACGGAGUUAGAGAGAAAUGGGGACACUGGGAGGGACAGAGGCAGGGAAUUGGCUGCCGGGAGGGUGUUUUCCAGGGCUAGGGCAAAACUGUGGGAGGCUUAGGGAAAUACUUGUAAUAGGGUCUUGGCUAAGGAGGGAGGGGGGAGGAUCAGUACUUCACAGUUAGGGGCUGCCCAUAAACCACGGAACUCAUUUGGGGUGGAUGAGUCCUUAAUUUUGAGUGUUUGUCUCAGCGUUACAAAGUGUUGCAAGGGUAGGUGGGUCUUGGAAAUCACUGAAAAAUUAGUUGCCUAAGUGAUGGACAGCUCCCUAGUUGUGGCUGUGGUAAAGGGGAGAGAGGAGGGGGCUGAGGAACUGAUGAUGAUACACCAAAUAGACAUGCAGGUGCCUUUAGCACCUAAAACCAAGUAUCAGUUUGAUAACAUUUGGUGACAUUGCCCAACACUGAUAGCGGCGGUGGAAAUAAAGUGCACUCUUUGUCCAUUGGUAGGCUGAAUAGUCGGUAUUAACAUCAAGUCACAAUUAUACACAAGUGAACUUCCAUUGCCUUUGGGGUUUUAUCUUGUGCAUGUUGCAUUGAGUGACUCGAGUUCCGACAUUGUAUCUGUAGGAGAAUAAUAUGCCAAAAAGCGCAUUUGAAAGUCACAAGUGGAGUGUAAUGUAACUCAUCCACCCAGUAUUUUUGAUACCACACCUUUAGACAAACUAAGCAUAUCAUUUGUAUUGCAUCCAAGAUGCAGUGGUUUAUUGGAAUAAAGAUAGCAAGGAGAAAAAGGACAUUUUCCCAACAAAUAUAUUUCUGGCAAUGUGGUCUGUGUGUAAAAGGGAAUUGGCGGGAAGCAGAAUGCAAUAAGGCACAAUUAGUGUCCUGAAAUAAUUUCCUUUUAAACUUAAUUUGUUGGCUUCGUCACUUAGCUCUUGUUUAAAACAUGGAGAUAUUUUUAUACCAGAAAUACACUUGCAGACCCAGAACAUUUGUAUGCGUGGUAGCUGUUAGAACCUAAUGUGCCAUUCCAUCCAGGUUACGUUCACACCGGUGUUCCUUCUAUGCAAUACCUACUUUAGCCUUUGUACAAAUUAUUUUGUAUUAGUAUUACAUAUGAAAAUAAAGGACAUAAGAAAAGGGA